GUACUUUCCUGCUCUAAUCACAACUUUUAGCUGAAGAGCAGCUGACAUAGAGUGAGCAGUGUGGGCUAUUAAAUGUGCCCCUAAAGGAUCCUCAAAAUGAGAUUUUCAGCACAGGUUGUUUGGCUUAUGUGGUGGACUGUUUGUGUUGCAGAAGAGAAACAUUGUGAUUUUCCAGAAAUAAAACAUGGACUACUACACAAUGAAUAUAACUAUAGACGAGACUUUCCAGUAUCUGUAGGAAAAAAAUAUUACUAUUCCUGUGACCACAAUUUUAUGACAGAUAAAAAACAGAACGGGGGAUAUAUUCAUUGCACACAAGAAGGAUGGUCACCAGCAGUACCGUGCCGCAGACAAUGUAUUCUUAAUUAUUUGAUAAAUGGAGAAUAUCCAUAUCCAGCAAAAAUGUAUUUCCAAGGUGACUCUGUAAGUGUUAACUGCUAUGCUGGCUACAGUCUUCAAAAUGAGCAGACUGUAAUGACCUGUACAGAAGAUGGCUGGGUGCCUGCUCCCGAAUGCCUUCCUCCUGGGAAUCGUUGUGAUUUUCCAGAAAUAAAACAUGGUAGUCUACACCAUGAAAGUAACUAUAGACAAAACUUUCCAGUACGCGUAGGAGAAAAAUAUUGGUAUUCCUGUGAUCAAAAUUUUGUGACUGUUUCACAAAAGCCCUGGGAACAUAUUCAUUGCACACAAGAAGGAUGGUCACCAGCAGUACCAUGCCGCAGACAAUGUAUCUUCAAUCAUUUGAAAAAUGGAGAGUAUCCAAAACAAGGAGUUAAAUAUUUACAAGGUGAAAAUGUAAGCGUUAACUGCAAUUCUGGCCACAGUCUUCAAAAUGAGCAGACUGUAAUGACCUGUACAGAGGAUGGCUGGUUCCCUCCUCCUGAAUGCAUUCCUCUCAAAACAUGUUCAAAAUCAGAGAUAACAAUUGAAAAUGGAUUUUUUUCUGAAUAUGAACCUACAUAUUCCUUAAAUAAAGAAACACAGUAUCAAUGUAAACCAGGAUAUGUAACACCAGAUGGUAAAACUUCAGGACCGGUUACAUGUCUGGAAAGUGGAUGGUCACCUCAACCCACAUGUAUUAAAUCUUGUGACAUGCCAGUAUUUGAGAAUGCCAAAGCCAAAAGCAGUGGCACGUGGUUUAAACUCAAUGACAAGUUGGACUAUGAAUGUCACGAUGGAUACAAAAGCCAAGAUGGGCGCGCAGGUUCAAUACUGUGUGGGAACGAUGGUUGGUCUCAUAAACCAGUAUGUUAUGAAAUAGAAUGCAAGAUUCCUGAAAUAGAAGGUAACUUAAAUACUCAGCCCAAAAAAGACAAAUAUAGAGUCGGAGAUGUGUUGAAAUUCUUCUGCAGACAAAGACUUAAAAGAGUUGGACCAGAUUCAGUUCAGUGUUACGACUUUGGAUGGUCCCCUAAUCUUCCAACAUGUAAAGAGCAAACAAAACAGUGUUCUCCACCUCCUCAACUCCUUAAUGGGAAAGUUAAAGAAACACAGAAAGAAAACUAUGAACACAACGAUUUGGUGGAAUAUGUGUGCAAUCCUAGAUUUCUGAUGAAGGGUUUUAAUAAAAUUCAGUGUGUUGAUGGACAGUGGACAGACUUGCCUAUUUGUAUUGAGGUGGAGACUACAUGUGGAGAUAUACCAGAACUUAAUUACAGCUACGCUGUUCAGACUUCUAACCCUCCCUAUCACCAUGGAGAUUCAGUGGAGUUCAAUUGCAGAGAAGGAUUCACAAUGAUUGGACAGAAAUCAAUUACAUGUGUAAGUGGAUUAUGGACCCAACUUCCUCAGUGCAUUGCAACAGAUGAACUUCAGAAGUGUAAAUACAGCUUAACUAAACGUGAGCGAAAUCCAUUAUAUGAGACCGAAUUUGAUCAUAAUGAGAACAUAACUUACAAAUGUAGAGGAAAAUUAGAACAGAAACACUCAACGUGCAUAAAUGGAAGAUGGGAUCCUGAACUAACCUGCACAGAAGUACAAAUGCAGUCAUGCCCACCUCCACCUCAGAUUCCCAAUGCUCACAAUAUGGCAACGACGGUAAAUUAUCAGGAUGGAGAAAAAGUAUCUGUUGUCUGUCAAGACAAUUAUAUGAUUCAGGAUGCAGAGGAAAUCGUGUGCAAGGAUGGAAGAUGGCAGUCCAUACCACACUGCGUUGAAAAAAGCCCAUGUCCUCAACCACCUCAGGUAGAACAUGGAACCAUUAAAUCAUCUCAAUUUUCAGAAGAGAUGGACGAACCAUUGAAACCUGAGGUUUAUGUACAUGGCACCAAAUUAAAUUACAUUUGUGAGGAUGGUUUCAGGAUAUCUGGAAAAGAUGAGAUAACGUGCCACAUGGGAAAAUGGAGUUCUCCGCCUCGGUGUGUAGGACUUUCCUGUGCGCCACCACACUUGAUUCCACAUGGUAUUCUAUCUCACGUAUCAGACAGUUACCAAUAUGGAGAAGAAGUAACAUACAAAUGCACCAAAGGUUUUGAGAUUAAUGGACCUGCAUUCAUAAGAUGUUUAGGUGGAAAAUGGUCCCAUCCACCAGAGUGCAAAAACACGGAUUGUUUUAGCUUACCCGACUUCGGUAAUGCCACACCCAUAGGCCAGAAGAAGACGUUAUAUAGGUCAGGAGAAAAAGUGACUUAUAAAUGUCCAAAUAAUUACCUUUUGGAUGGACCAAAUACUAUCCAGUGUAUUAACAGCCAAUGGAUAGGAAAGCCAAUAUGCAGAGAUAUUUCCUGUGGGAAUCCACCCAGAGUGAAAAAUGCUAUUAUACUGGAUGAGGUGUCUAAGUAUCUACCUGGUCAGAGGGCACGUUAUGAAUGCAUCAUACCUUUUUACCUGGUUGGGGGCAGAGAAGUGACAUGUUCAAAUGGGAACUGGACACAACCACUGCCAGAGUGCAAGUACCCUAAAGAAAAAUGUGGGCCCCCUCCGGCUAUUGACAAUGGAGACAUGACCACAUUCCCAACAUCAGAAUAUGCUCCAGGGUCAUCUGUUCAGUACCAGUGCCAGUCCUUGUAUGUGCUUGAGGGAAACAAGGUCAUCACAUGCAGAUAUGGACAGUGGUCAGAACCGCCAAAAUGCUUGGAUGUUUGUAUGCCAUCAGAAGAAACCAUGAGAAAACAUAACGUACAAUUACGAUGGUCUUCUAAGAAAAAGAGAUAUUUCCAAACAAGGGAAACUGUUCAAUUUCAAUGUAAUCCUGGAUAUCGUAGACAGACAUCACACCAAACAUUCCGAGCAACCUGUUGGGACGGGAAACUGACCUAUCCUGUUUGUGUAUAAAAUAUGGUUAAGAUGCAGUCCUAAAAUUAAAACAUGUACAUUUAUUCAAAUUUUUCAUGCUUAUUUUGUCAGGUAUUGUUAAACUCCUUUAUAUUCAUAUCAGAAUUUGUGUUAAAUAUUUCAUGGAUGAUGUAAUUAUAAUCUGAGAAGUGAAUAAAUCACUUCUUAAAAGCACUUCAUUAAAACUUGGCAAACCAAAA